AACCGCCUCCUUCGGACUUUCAUGGAAAUCUGGUCUAGGAUCAAGCCAUGGCGUCCGAUAACGAAGUGAAGACUUUGUUGAAUUUCGUCAACCUGGCGUCGUGUGACAUCAAGGCCGCUUUGGAUAAGUCGGCGCCUUGCCGCAGGUCGGUGGACCACAGGAAGUACCUGCAGAAGCAGCUGAAGAGGUUUUCUCAAAAGUACUCCAGGCUGCCCCGAUGCCACUCGGGCAAGAGCGUCGAGCUGAGGAAAGGGUUGGUGGAGAGGAUCAAUUUGGCCGCCCGCAGCAAAGGACUGAGCGAGAAAGUCAUGGACGAAAACGCCGUCGGGGGCGCGUGCCUGCGGGAGAAUAGUGCGGAGGGCGGUAGACCGGACCAAGUGCCGAUGAGGAAGAGACAGCUGCCCCCUUCUUUUUGGGAAGAGCCGAGACCUUCCACCAGCCUCCUGGAGAUGCCUUGCCCCUCCAAACUAGAUAUCUUAUACAAAGAUAGAACGUCUGUCACCGGGACGUCACUUUCCAGCUUCGAAAACAAAAAAUUAAAAAACACAGCGGCCCAGGAGACGUCCGGCCCUUCCGGCCCCGAUAAGGAAGCCGGCAAAGUGCCUUCGCUAACGCCCCUGGCCGGACGGGUCAACGUUUGUAGCUGCUGCCCUCUUCAGUACCAUGGACAACAGAUGCUGUACCACCACAGUCACGGGACCCUUCCCCCAGACCCCUUCGCAGCCCUCGCGCUGUGGAGUAAAAGCGCGGCCGUCCCCACAGUGGAGAUCCAGCACUUGUGUAAAGACUCCGGACAGAGAAUCUACAGGCACGUGGUUUUUAAACCGAUACCCACCAAACCCGCCAUGCCGGCUUCCAUUUUUAAUGUUUUUGGAUAUAUUUGA